AUGACAUGGUUUGUGCAGACCGCAAAGCGAGCCUUACAAAUGAAGUUCGCAUCUGGAACAACAGGCUACGAACUCCUCCGAACACUGGGCUAUCCACUGCCCAGCGCCACAACUCUGUUGAGGAGAAUGCAGAGCUUUUACUCCUUGCCUGGAAUUCUCGGAGAGGUGUUCGACAUUUUAAAGAGAAAAGCUUAUGCCAUGGAAGAGGCAGAACGAGACUGUGUGUUCUUCUUAGACGAGAUAGAAAUUGAGCCAGGCAUUGCGGAUGACCAGGCUGAAGACUGCUUCCUUGGGUCCAUGAUUCUUCCAAAAAAGAAUGACGACGCUAAUCGUGCCCUGGUAUUUAUGCUGGGAGGUCUGACAUCCCGAUGGAAACAAGUGAUCGCCUACCACUUCACAUGA